UUGAUUACAAGCGCCACUGCGUUUGUGAGGCAUUUCUCUCGGAAGCGCGCAGAGAAUUUGAGGAAAAUCAACCCCAAAGUGAGCUUUCCGGAGGCUAACUCCAUUGCUCGUGAUCUAUACGACGUCGUCAAGCAACAUGGCCCUCUCACCAUCUCCAAUACUUGGGUUCAGGCUAAGGAUUCUGGUCUCAGUGGAUUGAACAGCAAAACACACAUGAAGAUAAUGCUAAAAUGGAUGAGGGGAAGGAAGAUGCUGAAGCUGUUCCCCAACCAAGUUGGUUCCACCAAAAAAUUCUUGUUAUGUUCACUGCCUGAAGACCCUAAAGUUACUGAAUUUAGAACUUCCUCAGCAGUGAAGGUCCAAAAUAGGAAGCCUUCCGUGAAGCGCAAAAAGCAAAAGAAAUAAGAAGUUUGUCUGAGCUUUCCCUUUCGGCGGUGGACCCUAUCGCCUUGCUUAGUGUGUUCCAUUGUGAUUUCAGUGCUCCCUUGGGCUGUAUGAGUCAACUUUCCCUUUCCUACUUGUGCUGCUAUCAAUAGCUGUUUCACUAAUCUAUGGUUGUUUUUGGAAAUACUGUUCUUUUUGUUUUGUCCUCUUUUCGGAUGAAUGUAGGUCUGGUAGUGAUUACAGGUUUCUUGUAUAAUUUAGGAGGACAAAUUUGAUCAUUGAAAUAAUAUUGGUGGCAGAUGUUGUUUCGAAUUC